UCGGCGGCCGCCGUCGUGUGUCGCUGUUGGCCGGGCGCUGUCGGAGGGGUUCGACACGAGCGGAGCCACCAUGAGCCGCAGCUACAACGAUGAGUUGCAGUACUUGGACAAGAUCGACAAGAACUGCUGGCGGAUCAAGAAGGGCUUCGUGCCCAACAUGCAUGUGGAGGGAGUUUUCUACGUGAACGACCCGCUGGAGAAGCUGAUGUUCGAGGAGCUGCGCAAUGCCUGCCGCGGCGGAGGUGCGGGUGGCUUUUUGCCUGCUAUGAAACAGAUUGGGAAUGUGGCUGCAUUGCCUGGUAUCGUUCAUAGAUCCAUAGGUCUCCCAGAUGUCCACUCUGGCUAUGGCUUUGCCAUUGGCAACAUGGCAGCCUUUGAUAUGAAUGAUCCUGAAGCAGUGGUGUCACCAGGUGGUGUCGGAUUCGACAUCAACUGCGGUGUCCGCUUACUGCGUACAAAUUUGGAUGAAAGUGAUGUGCAGCCUGUGAAGGAGCAGCUCGCCCAGGCUAUGUUUGACCACAUUCCUGUCGGUGUUGGUUCAAAGGGUGUCAUCCCCAUGAACGCCAAGGAUUUGGAAGAGGCUCUAGAGAUGGGUGUAGACUGGUCUCUCCGGGAAGGCUAUGCCUGGGCAGAGGACAAGGAACACUGUGAGGAGUAUGGAAGAAUGCUGCAGGCUGAUCCCAACAAAGUCUCUUCGAGAGCAAAGAAGAGGGGCCUGCCUCAGCUGGGGACCCUGGGAGCAGGAAAUCACUAUGCUGAGAUCCAGGUUGUGGAUGACAUUUACAAUGAAUAUGCUGCCAGGAAGAUGGGCAUCGACCACAAAGGACAGGUUUGCGUCAUGAUCCAUAGUGGCAGCAGAGGUUUGGGCCAUCAGGUUGCCACAGAUGCAUUGGUGGCUAUGGAAAAAGCUAUGAAACGGGACAAAAUCAUAGUGAACGAUCGCCAGCUAGCGUGUGCCAGGAUUGCCUCUGUGGAGGGACAGGAUUACUUGAAGGGAAUGGCAGCUGCUGGAAACUAUGCGUGGGUCAACCGCUCUUCUAUGACUUUCUUAACAAGACAGGCUUUUGCCAAAGUCUUCAACACAACCCCAGAUGACCUCGAUAUGCACGUUAUCUACGAUGUGUCUCACAACAUUGCCAAAGUGGAGCAACACGUAGUGGACGGGAAGGAAAGGACUCUACUGGUGCACAGAAAAGGAUCAACCAGAGCCUUCCCUCCUCACCAUCCUCUUAUUGCUGUUGAUUAUCAACUGACUGGACAGCCUGUUCUGAUUGGUGGGACUAUGGGCACGUGUAGCUACGUUCUUACUGGCACAGAGCAAGGCAUGACUGAGACGUUCGGAACUACUUGCCACGGAGCUGGUCGUGCACUGUCUCGAGCCAAAUCUCGACGUAACUUGGACUUCCAGGAUGUACUGGACAAACUGGCUGACAUGGGCAUUGCCAUCCGUGUUGCUUCUCCCAAACUGGUCAUGGAAGAAGCACCUGAGUCUUACAAGAAUGUGACAGAUGUCGUUAAUACCUGCCAUGCAGCUGGCAUCAGCAAGAAAGCCAUUAAGUUGAGACCUAUUGCUGUUAUAAAAGGCUAGGAAUUGACACAGCAGCAGAAACCCACCAACAUCUGUAGGCCUUCUGCAAAACGUCUGCAAAAUCAUCAUCUUCCCAUACAUUUGGACUCAAUAAUCUACUCAGAUAUUACAUCACUGUUAUGGAAACACAGCAGUUGAGGAUGCCCCUAUUUUUAACCACAUCUAGACAUAAAUAAUGGCUCCAGCUCCUUGUUAUGUGGUGUUCUUUUCUUAUGGAAAGGGUAAAGAAAUCAGUCUUGUUUUGUAUGCAGUUUCUCCCCCCAUUUGGAUGGUUGUUCCGAAGGCAGAACUUCUGACUUUCCUGAGCUCCACUAAUUACUGUGCUGCAAGACCACCACCAUCAGCAAAGGUGACAUAUGAGCCAGACCUCCCAUCUCUGCACCUGAGUGCCUGGAGCUCUUUCCAUGUGCAGAAGUACCCUGAUAGGCAGGGUAUAGCACCUCUGGGCAGGGAGAGGUCUCUCUGUUUGCAGAUAUCUAUAUUGCUGCAUGUUUUCUGGCAGUUGAAUAAAAAAUACAGUUGGGAGUGGUCUCCCACUUGGGCUGAGAGGGACUAGCUAGGCUUGAGGCGCAGUCUUCUUCUCUCCCCCCACUCUCUACCAUGUACCACAGCACGUGAUGUGCUUGGCUGUGUCCAAGUGGGGGUCUGCAGUAUUGUGUAUAUGCUGGUAGAAAUGUUAUUUUGAAAGGUCUUGUUUGCCCAAUAAAAUUGCAAUUUCACAGCUUAGAGAUCCAGUGUUUUGAAAAGUCCUAAGUGUGUGAAAGUUGGGUUGGAUAGUGUUAUUCACUGUGUCCAGCAACUGAUUGAAAUGAGUCCAGUUGCAGAGUCAGGCCCAGUAGGAUGAGACUGCUUUCAGCUGAUGUUUUUUCUUUAAUUAAAUAAAGCUGGAGUGGGAGCUGACCAUCCCCACUAGAUCAUAUUGGAUAUUAUAAAUAAAAUGGGAAGAUGGAUA